UCAAUUGAAGAGCACAUUGUUGAUGAUAACAACACUUCCUGUCAGUGCUUGCAAGAAAAAUUAUCUUUAUUGAUUUAUUUGAUGUAAGAAGUAUGAUGACAGUAUUCAAAUAAUUCCGACGGAGCUGCAGGGAAAAGUGUUGUUAUUCAUGACUGAUGAAACAGUUGUUUAUGUUAAUGAUGAAAAGUUGUGCUUAAAAACUGUGCCACUAUGGCAGAAGGCAGGCUUAGGAAAAGAGACCAACGGUAUGAUAAACUUGUACAGGGAAGUAGUAAGCUACACAGAGAUAUUGAGAACCUUGAAAAUGCAUACCUCCUUCAUCAACAAAUUGUAAAGGAAGAUGAAAAUAAUGUCAAGGGAAUGAUCAGGAAAGAGUUAGGGGGUUCAAGAUGGGCUCAUGGUGGUGCUGGCAAACUCACAACAUAUAAAUCAAGCAAAGACCUUGUUGAUCAAGAGAACAAUGCUCCACAGAAUAGCACCAGAGUUCUACAGUCUGAAAGGUCACAACAUAAAUCACAAGAGGAUAAUAGUAAAACUAAAGUGUUAAACAAAAAAGAUCAGAGUGUUAAUAUGGAUCAGCCACCAGAUACAGCCGACAAAAUUCUAGACUUGAAAACAAAAGUAUUGAAAAAAGCCAGUUCGAACAUUAUAAAAAGAGACACAUGGUCAGAACCUUUGGAUAACAAGUCAUUAAAAUCUAACAACAAGCAUGUUUCUAAAGCUCUCCAACAUAAACCUGAAAUAAAAAAUGUUGGUGUGAAGCAGAACACUUCAGCGUCAAAAGCUGUUAAGGCUGUUAAAAGAAGCAGCUCAUUAAAACGUGAAACCAGUGACUCCUCAAGAUCACCAGCCGUUGUUGCUGGAAAAUGUAAAGAGAAUAAACAAAAUAAAAUCCCAGUAAAUAAUUCCAGAAAAGAGCCUACUAAAACAAUAUCAAACCAGAAUGGUGUUGAAUCACAGAGAAGGUCAAGAAUUGAUAUGUUUAAAGACAGAGAAGUGAGAAGAGAAAACUUAGAACAUGUAAAUGGUGUUAUGAUACCUGAUGAUAGUAAUCAAAAUAAUGGUAAUGAAUCGAGUAGGUCUAUAGGUAAAACAUACACACCAAGAAAACUGAAGUCUCAGUCAAAUGCCAGAGUGACAAGUGAUGUUUCUCAAAGCAUUUUCUUAACACAAGCACCAGAACCUCCAGAAAUCUAUAUUGAUCCAAGGAAGGGACAGGUUCGUAUUUUGGCAGGGAAAGAUGAAAGUUUUAAUGAUAUUUCUAGUCUUGAAGGAACCAAAGUUCUAAUACAGCCAGCUUCUGUUCAUAAUAGUGUUGAUGGGAACAAGGUUGAAUGCUCUGUUGUUGAUAAUUUUUCCAAUUCUAGUCCAAGUAGAGAAAUCAGGGAUAUAUUUGGUCUUGAAGACUUUAACACAAUGCCUAAUAGGCCUGAGUCCAGAAGACAAAAUAUGAAUUCAGGUAGCCCAUUUGCAACAACAAGGCAGUGUUAUACAGAAGUUGAAUUCUGGCUGCGAAGUUUGGGGAUUCCAGAUGUUGACAAACAUGUGAGAAUAUUUGCUGAUAAUGGAGUUGAUUUGACAGAUCUUGAAUUUAUGUCAGCUUCCCAACUUCAUGACAUGGGAGUUACAGCUUUUGGAGCUUUAGAUAAAAUUCUUAAGGGUAUAAGGGACCUCAAAAACUUGCCUAUUACGCAAUUAGAAAGCAUUGAAGGUAAAAAGUUGCAGACAUCUUCUAUUGCUUGGGAAGAAGUUGACAGUACAAAGAAUAGGAAAUCUUUUGAAAGAUCACAAUUUAAGGCCAGUAAUGUAACAAAAAAGAACUCUUGCCAUUCUGACACAUUUGUAAAGGAUAAAAAUGGAGCAAGUGUGAUAGGUGGAACUGAUACAAGUAGAUGUAAUAGUGCCAUGUCUAAUGUUUCUGAAAGUACUGAUAUGAAAAAUUCUGCAAGGGGAGAUAAUCCUUCAUUUGCAGCAAGUACAAAAUCUAGUAGUGCCAAAUAUACAGAGAAGAGACCCCCAAGUGCUAAAAAUACUUCUAAGUCUAAAAAUAGUAACCAUUCACAAAAUAAAAAUGCAAAUACUUCUGAAACAAAACUCAAGAGAAAUAAUUCCUCUGCCUCUGAGAAACUUGGUUCAAAAUUGAACAACCUGGAAUCUAAACCAACAAAGGGCGUUUUAUUGAGACCCAGAAGUUCAUCAUUAACAAGAGAAUCUUCAAAAAACAAUCGUGAAUGUGCGAAGAAGGCUGAAGAUAAGAAAGAACCAAGACAGUUAAGGUCAAGGAGCAGAUCAGCAGAUGUUGUUAAAAGGAAAGCAUUAGAAGGUGUAAAUGCUGCUGCCAAAAAGUUUGAAGAGAAGAAGCUGAAGUGUAAGGAUAGUGAGAAGAGUUAUCCGCCUUGUGAUGAGAAACAGAAGCUACGGAGAGAUUUGAUGGCUGCCAGACAUAUUCAAAGGGAAAAAUUCAAAGAGAUGACAACAGCAGACGGCAACAGUUCAGAUAGUGAGGAUGAUUUACAAAAACAAGCACCUAGUGAAUUUGAUCAAGAUCAGGGUCUAGAGAAUCUUGUAACAGUGAAUAUACUGUCUCCUCCUGGGAAAUCAGAUCCUCGUGUGUCAUCCUCUCCACAUGAAGACAAGGGUAAAACGCAGGUGAUGAGACCUGACAUGAGGAGAAGUUUGAGAAGAAUUGAACAAGCUAGAAAAUUACAACAUGUUAAACCAUUACAACUUCAGCCACAGUCAGAUAUAGAGCCUCCUCUAUUGUCAACAUAUAAGAUAACAAACAAAGACAGAGAUAAAAGUCAGUCUGAGCAAGAGAGUGGUUACAGAACAGAUGCUUGUACAACAUACUCUAACAUUGAAGACAGAGUCUCUGAUAUACAAAGAAAGAUUAGAAGAUUAAAGUCUCGUGCAACAAGUGGAGAUGAUAUGACCUUGACCUUGGUUCGUGACCUUCAGGAACAGCUUGUACAUUUUGAAAGACAGCUCAAGGACAAGGACAGACAACAGGGGAACCUAAAUAAUGGCCUGGAGUCAAAGCAUGAAUCCAAUACUCCAAGGAUACCAAAACUAUCAGCUAGAAGAUUAUCAGUAGAUGAGAUAACGUUAUGUAACUCUAGUCCAGGGUCAGAACAGUUAGAUUACAGUAGAGGUAUGGUAGAUGGCGGUGCUAGUAAAACUUUAGGAGCAGAUGUCAGGAUGAGUAAGAGAGAACUUUUAGAUGAAAUGAAGAAAGAAAAACAACAACAUCAUAGACAAAUAAGACAGUUGCAAUGCGAGCUUCAGAAGUUCCGACAUUCAGACCCAGUCUCCAGUCUAGAGCUAGAUUAUACAGAUAUCAAUUAUAAACCAGAAGAUUUGAUAGGUGAAGGGACAUUUUCUCGUGUAUAUAAGGGUGAUUUUAAAGGAUCAGAGGUUGCUGUGAAACAGUUGAAAAUUCCCUUACAACAGGCAGAUAAAAACUAUUUUGCUGCAGAGGUUAGCCUAUUAAAGGAACUACGUCAUCCACGAGUGGUGUUGUUGAUUGGAGUAUGUACAUCAGGCAAGCUUCCAGUGAUGGUGCUUGAAUACAUGUCUCAUGGAAGCUUGUUUAACUACCUACAUAAUCCAGAUUGUGAUUCCCUGGACCACGCCCUUUAUUAUCAAAUCUCCAGAGAUAUUGCUCUAGGGAUGAAUUACUUACACAGUCAUAAACCAGAGGUUCUGCAUCUUGAUUUAAAAUCCAUGAAUGUUCUACUGUGUGACAGUCUGAGAGCUAAAAUUGCUGACUUCGGAUUUUCCAAACUAAGACUUGAUGCUGGGUUAAGAUCAGGUCGGAAAGUAAAGUCAAAGCCUAGUUGCAAUGCCGUCCCCUCGUGGAUGUCACCUGAACUCCUAGAUAAGGGGGAGAUAACUGGGAAAUCAGAUGUGUACAGUUUCGGUAUCAUAUUGUGGGAAAUGCUGACAAGAUGUUCUCCAUAUAAAGACUGUAGUGUUUUUCAGGUUUUGGAGAUGGUGAGAAAGAACAAAAGGCCUGAAAUUCCUGAUGGUACACCAGAGGGACUGGAUCAUCUUAUCAAGUUAUGUUGGGAUCCUAACCCAGCUAAAAGGCCUCAGUUCAAGGAUAUUUUACAAAUGCUGGAAAACCUUGCAUUUCCACCUGCAUGGAGAGAAUUAUUCCAGGAGGCAGGUGUACCAGAGUCUGCUCUUCAUGAUGUCCAGUCUACUCGCACCAUUAUUAGUCUAGUAACUGGUACACUAGAUUCUGGGAAAUCAGGGAUACUUCACAGCUUUCUAGUUGCCCACACUGGCAAGGGAAAUCACUCUGGGAGGAAAGACAAAGUUAAAACUGAAACAACCUACAGAAGUGAAGACAUUCAUACUAAGAAAAAGACAAAUAAUGUUAAAUCAAGUUCAAGAAGUUCAGCAAAAAGUUCAUCAAGGUCAUCUAAGAUUUCUUCCUUGGGUUCAAGUAGGUUAGGGGAUUGGGAUAGUGACACUGCCACUAGUGUCAGUGAGAAAACUUCCUGUGAUGAAUCAUCUGAAUUUACCUUGAAGAAUUUAAGAGAAAGUUCCAGUGAUGAUGAAAAUGAUGAUAAAUCCUAUAGCGAUGAGAGCUCCAUACUGACAUCUGAUGAUGAUAAUAUUUAUUCUAAAUCUAAAAUGAAGGCAAAUGUGCCUAAAACAGAAAUAAAUGUGGUAAUACCAAAUCUAGAGCUUUCACUGCAGUCUGUGAGAGAUGAGUUUAGAGCUGAAAGACAGAAAAUUUCUAAAGACACAGCAGACUGGGUCUAUGUUAGUCUUGAUGAUCGAACAGAUCGAAGUGAACAAGCUGAUAAUGAAAAUAAAAACAAAGUUAAAAAUCAAAGAGAUUACAACAGGGAUAUUGGAGACAUGAAGCUGAGGUUGUCAUCAAGCUUGAGUAAUAGAAGUCCAACACCACCUAGUCCUUUAAAAAUUGACACAUCUACCCUCAAUGAAUCUGCUAGGAGUAGGCGUAGAAGCAAAGCCAAAGAUUUGAAUCGCUACAGUGAAGAAUAUCUGAUGCGAGAGUCUUUUGAUAACAGAAGACCACCUUCUCCUGUAAAAAAGAAAUCACUUACAAAGAAAAUCCUCGAAAUUCCAGGAAGACAAUCUGGAAGUGAAAAUGUUGGUCUUUCAAGGAAUGAAGAUUUUGUUGAGAAUGUUGAACAGAAUCAGAAAAUUUACUCCAGUAUUAAGACAGAUUCUUUUGCUGAAAGAUCUUAUGACAGUUUCUUUGAUGUGGCUGUAAAAAGACCAUCUUUAAAUGGGGUCAGUGAAACACAGAAUGAAAUUUUCUUGUCUCAACGGCAAGCAAGUGAUGCAGGCUACCAUAAUAAAUCGGAAAAUACAAAUAUGAAUGAAGAUACAAGGAAAAAAGAGCAAGUAGAAUCUACAUAUAGCAAAACCAUCUCUAAAGAUAAUGAGAUUUGUGUUGAGGAUAUGGAGCAUGAAGUAAUGAGUGAAAGAAAUAGUGACAUCAAGAACCAUAUAGCUUCAGAUAAAAGUAUUAACAAUGGACAAAAUGCUGUCAAUAAAACACAAAUGGUAGAUGAACUUACCCUUCGAUUAAAGACACAGACACCUGAUAUCACAACUGAUAGACAAAAUCACAAUGACACUGAACAAAAGUAUACCUAUAAAAGUUUGUCAAAUAAAUCCAAUGAUCAAAAAUCAAAAGAAGCCAAGUCUCGACAUUCUGAAUUUGAAAAGGUAGACAGCAGAGAUAAAACAGAAAUAAAUAGUAGUAGAAUCAAAACAAAAAGGUCAGAGAUUGAACCUGUCAGCAAGGAGGUAAAACUAAGAAACAGUGAAUCUGAUGUAACAUGCAGGAAAAAUUCCUUGCCAAUGUUUGAUGUUUGUGAUAAUAGAAAUGGAUCUGUAAGCUCCAGGAGUGAUAAGAUUGGUAAUAACUAUAUUACUUCAGAAAGAUUGAUAACUAAAGAGGGAGACACUGAGAAGCAAAUGUCUAAUGAUUUGAAAAUUGAGGACAAUAAUAUUCAAAAAUCAAGUACAAACAAUGAGUUACAACAAAGAAGUACACAACAAACAGACACAUUUGAUUCUCUAGAAAUCAGAGAAUGUGAGAAUCGUAUUGGUAUUCAACAAGUCAAAGAAAGUUCAGAAUGCAUUUCGAAUCAUUUAAGCAAAUCAUUAGCUGGAAAGGAUUAUGUAUCACCAAGAGGUAAAGAUAAUGAUGGUAUAAGGGUAGUACUCAAUUCUAUGCUGGCUUCAAGGGAUAUGUCAUUGAGGGGUGCAGCAAACGGCGUUAAUCCAGAUUCUUUGGAUUCAAGUGCAACAUUGAGAAAUUGUACACAAAUGAAGGAUAAAUCAUGUGAUGCUAAUAAUGAUCAGGAUCUGAAAACUGUUGAACAAGAAAAAAUUAGAGUUAAACUGGACUUGACUGAGGUUGAUGAAAAGGAAAAGAAGAAAAAACCAGUAAUUACACCAAGAAGAAGUUUGAUGUUAAGUAGCAACUCUAUGAAAGUGACUGAGGCUACUGUCAACAGUAAGGAGAAUGCAAGUAAUGCUAAAUCUCUUCAAGAGAAAUCUACUAAUGACAAUGAUAUUGAAAAAAGUUCAAUAUUUAGAGCAGAGCAAGAACAAAAAGGUAGAAAGUCUCAGUCUUUGGAUGGAAAUUUUGAAAAAGAAAAGAAACGUGAUAGCGGGACAACACCAAAGAGGAGAUUACUACCAAAACAACGUGGUAGUCAGACUAGUUCUCAACCAGAAAUACUAGAUGAUACAGUCGAACAACCAAAGAAAUUAGAAUAUGAGAUAGAAAAAGUUCAAAGUCCAAAGAAAAAUACAAUAAGAGUUACUCUCGGGAAAGAUCCGCUAGCUCCUAAAAGAGUGCCUGAUUCAUCAUCUCAGAAAAAAGAUGUCCCAUUACUUACAAGAGAUCUUUCAUCACCAAUACCACCUCCUCCCCCUCCUCCACCUGUACAGGUUACCAAGUCAGUUUCCCUUGUAAGAAGAAGUGUACAGAACAUUGCACCACGAGGCAGUAUGGCCGAUGAACUAAAAUCUAGACUAAAUAAAAGGCAAAGUGUUUCUGAGGGAAUGCUUCGUGGCAACAAAUCAUCUGGAAGUAAUGUCUUUACAAAGCAGUUGCCAGGACAGCCUGGGAAAGAUAUACUUGUUCCCGGGGAGAAUAAUGGGGCACCAAAAUUGAUGAAGAUUUCUGAGAUGAGUGACUCACUUACUCCCCAACAAUCUGACGGGUUACCAUCAUUUGUUCUUCAGUCUAUGGAGUUACAGGAUCAGAAGGACAAUUUAAGAUCUAUUUCCAAACCUCAUCCCCAUCAACUAGACGAUCUUAGCAAUGCAAGUCAGGAACAACUAACCUCAAUUGCAGAUAUUCUAAAGAAGGCGGUGAUGGGACGUCGUCUAGCCAUGAAGGAAGAUGGUGACAGUGUCUCCCAAAGUCUAGAAUCUGCAGCUACUGGUUGGUCUAUAGACCUGUAGAGACAUAGAGAAGGGAGUUUAACAGAUUUGUCAGUGCUGUCAUCUUAUGCUUGCGAAACAUAAACACAUUUAUUUAUGUAGAAGUGUUUUUGUUCCUAUUUUUCAAGUUUGAUGCCAUACUUUGUUUUACUCUUGUUAUUGGAAUCUUUUUCUUUUGAAAUUUAGAACUGUGUUAGUUUUGGUCAUGGAGACAUGUGGUACUAUUGUAGUUCAUGUAGAGAGAAUAAUUAGUGGUGUUUAAUGUUGCCUGGUCUUGAAAGAUUAAGAUGAUUUUAGCUCGCCAUUUUAUUUAAUACGUUAGAGCUAGUAUUUGUUAAAGAUUAUAGAUCUUGACUUUAUGAUAAGGUAUAAAAGGCAAGAUACGAAAAAAUAAUUUCUGUAGCUCUCUUUUAGGUGUUCUUCAUAUGUAAGGCUUAGAGGCUACAUUAUUGUGUAUUAUCUAAAACUGUAAAAACAAAACUUAUAUUUUAAAGAUGUAUGCAUUACAUGUCAAUGUAAUUUGCUUGACAUUUUCACACAUAAUUUGUUAUCUUUAUUAUUGUAUCACAAUUCCCACUACUCAAUUUUGUAAAUAAAAAAAAAUAACACAAGUUAACUUUAAAAAGUAUUGAAGUUGUAAAGAAUUCUUUAUAGAAAGGAGAAAGAUUUAUAGUUUUUCACUUUUUUAUAUGCAUUGUAUAUAAACCAUUGGGAGAUUACUUUGUUAUAUUGGCAUAUAUUAAUUUAUUGCACUUGUUAGUAACAAUUGUAGCACAGGUAUUUAUUUAUUCAUUUGUUGUAUUGUUUUGUACACAAAGAUACAAUUAUUUAUUGUUUGUUGUCGGACUGUGUUCACAUAUAUAUGUGUACAUAAGGGGAUUAAUUCAGACUAAAUCAAUCUGGUAAUUUAUUACUUUGUAAUAUUGUAAUUUUAAGUGUAUGAAGCUAUAUAUUCUUUCGUAGUAGUUUAUAAAAUUAUUGUUUGAAGAAUACUUACAAAAUACCUGAAUGAAAGAAAUAUAUUUUUAUUUUCUCAAUAAGUUAGUAGCACAUGCACGAAAUCCUAACUAAACAGUAAAAAUACUACUUAUAAAAGCAGGAUUAUAUUUCGUUCAGGAAUAUUUUUAUUCUGUGUCCCUACACUAUUCAUGUGUGUUAAAUGAAAUAGUCAUUCUAUGUUAUGAUUAUAUUAAGAACCAACCAUAAGCUUAUGGAAACAACAUAAUUUUACUAUUAAUAAAUGUUCAUAAUAAUACCUCUAUACAGUUUUAUACUUUAAAUAUGUUUUUCAUAUCCUGAAACAAAUCACGAGAUUUUUAGAAUUAAUAAUAAGAAGCAAAAACUUGAAACUUUUGAUAUAUUCAUAGCACAUUAUUUUUUCGAUUGUAUUACUAUGGUUUUCUACAGAUUGGUUGGUCUGAAAAUUGUAUUUGGCUGGGCAGAGAAAGACAAUUUUGAGACUAGCGAUAAAACUGCCUUGCAUCAAACUGUUGAUUUACACUGCACUUUGUGAAACGUCCAAUCCCUACAUCAUAUAUACAUUACAUGUAGUAUAAUAUCUCAAAGGAUAUGUUAUUAGGACUAUGAUGUGCAGUGUAUCUCUUUUUUGUUAACAAUUGACAUACAUUCCUAGUUGUUAAAAUGAUUUUAUGUGAUUUUGACACGAUGGUAAGUGGAAUAUGAAAAAAGGAAUCCUCCAUGACGCAAAAUGAGAUAAUGUUACUUGAAUCUUAUUUUACACAUGAUCUGUUAAACCUUUAAAAUAGAUGGCUACAAAUAUUAAGUUAAAAUCAUUUUCAAAAAUAUUGUUUGUUAACUUAUUUCUCAGUAAUGAUUCAUUAAAAUACCAGUCGUUAAGUAAUUGAGCAUUAUUUUGUUAAGAAGUUUGCUUUUAUACAAUCACAGUUAUAUCAAUAUGUAUAAUGUGUUAUAAUUUCUGGCAUUGAUUUUUUAACCAGAGGGGGAGGGAGGGGUCGUAAAAUUUUGCCAUGGGGUAAUGCGUAUCCCAAAGAGGGUUUGGCAUUUGUUUGGUUCUACUCCCUCUCACUGAAUCCACGCAUUAAUUAACAUCACUGUGUGAUUGUUAAAUAGUCCCAAAUUCUAUCUAUUGUCACCUUUUAGAAAUGUUUAAUUAACUUAUUAUUAAAAAUUGAAGAAACGACCAUUCUAAUGAGGUUUAUAUUUAUAUAAACAUAUCUUAUAGUUUCCCUUUUUGUUUGGAAAGAAAAAGUGUGAUCCCCCGAAAGCAUUAAUUACAAAAAAAUAAUGUGAAAAUUGCAGACUCUGAUUGAUUGAGUCUGUACAUGAGGAAAAAAUUGCAACAUCCCUCUCGCCCCCCAGCACCGACUAACAUGAUACUCUAUUUUCAAUACAUAAAGUGUUGAAACCAGUGAUCCUGAAGGUCAAGAAAAAGAUAACAGCACUGUACAGGGCAACUUUUUACAGCUGCCACUUGGCUCUUGACAACUGAAAAUAUUAUUGAUAUUAUUAUUUUAUUACAAUUAUUAAGAUUUGUGCCCAUUUCAAGCAUUUUCUAAAUGUAGUUUGAAUAUUUUUUUAGGGCAAAGUGCUUUCCUUCUUUAUCAAGGUGAAAUUUACAGUCUUAUUUCUCUCCGUCCAAUUAUUUACAUAUCAUUUAGAGGAACAAAUAUAUUGUAUUUUGACGAUUUAUAUUUUUACUGUCUGUAGCUAGACAUUCUUGUGAUAAGUUUUUUUUAUUUUUUGUUUUAAUUUUAUCUGACAAUGCUAGAAUAAAUAAAUAUAUAAUAACUUUAAUGUUUGUGCCUUAGUGUUUGUUAGCUCAACUGAACACAUUAAGCUUAGUGGUCAGCUUUUUGUGUUGUCAAAAAAGCCGAGACAAGUUUUACUUUUGUAACAUAAACUCAUUUUAUCAGCAAAAAAAUCCCUCUUGCUUAAGCAUAUUUUAAUUUUUGGGCUUCACACUGAACUGUAACAUUCAAUGAUCACAAUCUGCUUUUGGAAUGCAUAG